GUAUUCAAGUGGUUGUGCUGUCAACAGAGAUGGCGCUACGCGGAGGAGCUCUACGUUUAAGCCUGCUGUUCAGCAGCCGUAAUUAUUACAAAUUCACCUCAUGUGGUGGUGUCCGGUCGUUGUCUGAAAAUGUGUCAUCUAAACCCGUAACGUCCAGUGACCAAGAGACCACGCGUGACCAUUUAAUCUACACACAAGAGCACUUUGCUUUAAAGGAGUCCCUCAGAAAGAUCAUCGACCAGGAGAUCAACCCACAUGUGGAUCAGUGGGAAGCAGAAGGGACAUUUCCAGCACAUAAAAUCUUCAAGCUCUUAGGAAGUGCCGGCUUUCUAGGAGUCAACAAACCAGUUGAGUAUGGAGGCUUGGGUCUUGACUUCAGCUACAGCGUAGCAGUGGCAGAGGAACUGGGCAACAUCCGCUGUGGAGGCGUCCCCAUGGCCAUUGGUGUACAGACUGACAUGGCUACUCCUGCACUGGCCAGGUUUGGCUCAGCUGAGCUAAAGAAAGAGUUCCUCCUUCCGUCCAUCUUGGGGGACAAAGUGGCCUGCCUCGGAGUUAGUGAAGUAGGAGCCGGCUCUGAUGUCUCAAGUAUCGUCACCAAGGCAGUAAGGGAAGGAGAUGAAUAUGUAGUCAACGGGGGGAAGAUGUGGACCACCAGCGGUACCCAGGCUGACUGGAUGUGUCUCCUCGCCAACACCAGUGAUGGACCCCCACACAGGAACAAAUCGCUCAUCUGUUUGCCCAUGAACCUACCAGGAGUGCACAUCGCCCGCAAGAUUGACAAACUCGGUAUGUGGUCAUCAGACACAGCUGAAGUGUUCUUCGAUGACGUUCGUGUGCCCUGCAAGAACCUCAUCGGGCAGGAAGGCAUGGGCUUCACCUAUCAGAUGCUUCAGUUCCAGGAAGAGAGGCUCUGGGCAGUGGCCAACAUCUUGACCACGAUGGACAUCAUCAUUCAGGAGACCAUUCAGUACACACGGCAGAGGAAGAUCUUCAAGCAGCCCGUCCUCCACCACCAGUCAGUUCACUUCAGGUUGGCUGAGCUGCAGACAGAGGUCGAGCUGCUCCGCUCCCUUCUCCACCGCGCUACAGCAUUGUACAUUAAAGGCAAUGACGUCACCAAGCUGGCAUCCAUGGCCAAAUUAAAGGGGGGCCGCCUGGCCAGGGAGCUGAGCGACAGCUGUCUCCAGUACUGGGGAGGAAUGGGCUUCACCAGUGACGUGCUGGUCAGCAGAUUUUACAGGGAUGCCAGGUUAAUGUCGAUUGGUGCAGGGGCCGAUGAGGUCAUGCUGGGAAUCAUCUCCAAGUACAUGGACACACAACCCAAGAAGUGAUGUCACCAACACCUGACCCAGGGAAUGAUGUCACACCGCUGCUGAUAAUGUGCUAAUCAGUCAGAGAAUUGCUAAACACAGAUCACCUAAGUGCAGUUGGCAGUCUAUGGUUCAAACUUUUGACAUCUACCAGGAAGUUGGAUAACUUUUCAUUUUGCCUUUGAUUGUUUUAACUAUACUGUAUGUAGUCAGAAACAAAUUCUCAAAAUCUGCUCACAGAGAGACAACAGAAUGAGAAUGAUGAAGUGCCUGUGUCAUAAUCGUACAAGUGUGAAAAGCCUACAGCCAAAACGUAUGUAAUUUGGCCAUUUACACAUUGGUCAUCCUUUAAAGACUAAACCUAUUUUUUUAGAACAGACUAUGUGAAAAAUAAUGUGAAUGAAAAUGAAUAUAUACAAUAAAUAUCCAGCAAAGA